AAAUGAGAAAGACGCAGUAUUUUGGACAUUUAAUAAGAAAAGACAAAAUGCAAAAAUCAUUGCUAGAAGGAAAAGUAUGUGCGAAAAGACCAAGGGGACGUCCCCCUAAAUCGUGGAUGAAGAACAUCAUGGAACGGACAAAGUUAAACUUUGAGCAGUGCAUAAGAGGGGCUGAAGAUCGUGACUACUGGAGAAGAGUAACGACGAAAUUUCUUAAAAUGAAACAGUCACCGAAUGAUGAUGAAACAAGCUUGUCUUGCUAUCUAUUUUUCUGCUUACGGGUAUGGGUUGUUUGGCCAUAUUGACCACAGAGGUUACGGGGUUUUUUCUGGAUAACGUACAGGAUCGUCGGUUUUGAAUAUCGGAUUUUCCAAUGUUUUGAAUGGGUUUAAUGGGGAUAUAAAUCAAUAUAUUCAGGGCUCAAGCCACGAAUUUGAAAAUGGGGGGACCAAGGCUAGCAAAAGUUGGAGGCCAAGGCUUCUUUUCCCUUUUGAUACAGUUUCAAAACUAUUUGCUUGGCACAAAGUGGGGGGCCAUGUUCACCCUGUCCCCCCGGUGGCGUAGGAAAUUACCUGUAUGAGCAAGCCUUUGUUGGCUGUCAAUGACCUAAAUUGUUUGUAACAAUGGAAAAUCACUAGGGCCCUAGUUUUCCUACAUCGCUCGUGCAAAAUGGAAUAGAGAGAGGUCAAAUGUUAAGUCACAUGUUUCGCAAGUCUUAUCCAUUGUCAAUAUGUAUUUGUUUCGUAAGUUACAUCGAAACAUUUUGGAUAAUAAUAAUCGUACUUUGACCUGAUAUCACCAGAAAGAAUAGGGUGCGUUUUGGAAAGAUUAUGUAAGUAAAAAACGAGAACUGGCCUCAUGGAUAUCCGCUCAAAACGGGAAUGAAAAGAGUCAAGUAAAGCUAAAAAUGGCUUUGAUAAACGGAUUAACGCUUGUCACAACUUUGUUGUCAAUCUUGUUAGGCACGGCUCAUUCGAACAUAAAUGAAGAGGAAUGGCUUCUAGGAAACAUGGCAAUCUCGGAAGAAUCAGAAAAUCAAGACUGUCAUCAUUCUUGGAACGCUUCAGUCAGCGUGACGAUAUUUAUUGCCACGUACGGUAAUGACAGCUCAGAAUGCGUCUGCGGCAAGACUACAAAACCUUGUCAAAGCUUUCAUUAUGCCUACUUCCUUGCGACCAAUAUACUUAGCAAUGCAACUGAGAAUAUCACAUUCAGUUUCAUUGAAGAUGUUUUUAUUUGGUCCGAUCCUGUCUUUAUUAACAAACCAGUUCCUUCACUUCGACGAAUGACAAUAAAGUCGGCAUCUAGGCCAGGAACCACAAUCGUUGCUAAAAAUCCAAAUGCUGUUAUUUGGGUCGGCUGCAAUGAAACGAAUGAUUACAAUCCUUGUAUCACUUACGGUUUGACAAUAGAGGAUAUCAUUUUUACUAAGUUUGGGAGUAAUUAUCCAGCAGUUUUAGUUGUUUUUACAAUACCUUGGCUCGAGAUUGACAACUGUGAAUUUUACAAUAAUAACUGUUCUGGUGUAAAUCUACUGGAAACACCAGUUACUUUAAUUAGAUCAAGAUUUAUUCAAAACUAUGGAACUGCAAAUUUUGAAAAGCAGCGCAAUAACCUAACAUUUGGGUUUCCAAUGUCGAAUACCUCAAAUGGUGGGGCUUUGGCACUCAUAUUUCGGUCAAAGUAUGAAAAAUCUGUAUCAAUAAAAAAUUGUGAAUUUAGACAUAACAAGGCAGCAGAGAAUUUGCUGAUGCCAUUUAUUGCACACACUUUAGGGGACACCGCGUUCCCAAGGAUCGGUGGUGGAGUUUUGUUACUGUUCAUGAAAAACUGUUCGAAAAAGUCGGUUUUAAUAAGUGAUUCAAAUUUUUAUAAGAAUGGUGCAUAUUCUGGUGGGGCAAUAGCAAUUCUUGCAGAAGGCUUUGCUGGCAGCAACACAGUUGCUUUGGAGAGCAGCACCUUUAUAAAAAAUGUUGCAAAAUCGUCAUCUGGGGCAAUAUUAUUUGCAAAUUGGGAUUUUUCAAUUGAACAUCAAUUAACAAUAAACAAUUGCUCAUUUAUAGGGAAUGAAGCUAGAUUUGCUGGGGCUAUCAAGUAUUUGCUAAAUAAUUUGCACCAACAGAGGAAUGUUUCUCACUUGCUAACAAUUAAGAACUCUGAAAUCAAUUCAAAUUUAGCUGUAACUGGUGCUGCUGCUCAUUUUAUACUUGGAUCACGACAGAGGUACUUUACAAGUGCAGUUCACAUUGUCAAUACAACAUUUUCCCAAAAUGAAAUUUCAACAUCAAAAAAUGAUAGUUCAAGCAGGUCUCAAUAUGGUGGUAUAAUUUUAACUCACAAAAUAGACAUUACAUUUACUGGCCAUAAUACGGUUAAAGCUAACAGAGGUGGUUGUGGAUUGUAUGCCUCAAACUCAGAUAUAAACGUAAAUGGCACCUUGAUUUUCGCAGAUAAUGUUGCACCAUCUAGUGGUGGUGCAAUGACGCUGGCAGAUACAAGCCAUCUGAUUAUGUAUCCAAGGUCCCAUUUAAAAUAUGAUGGAAACCAUGCUGGUACAAAGGGUGGUGCAUUGGCCGUCUUUGCAGUUGGGAUGCCAGCACUGACAUAUGUUUUCAAUCCUUUCUGCUUCCUCCAAUAUAGCGAAAGAAAUUUGCCAUACUCUCAAUGGGAUACCAGAAUCGAGUUCAUUAAAAAUAGUGCCGAAGUGAAAGGUGCAGCAAUCUUCAUAAAUUCCUUAUCAGCCUGUCUGUGGUCUGAGGAUCCUCCACAUAAUAGUUACUCAAAGGCUCUCAAGUGGAACACCAAGUUUGUGUACAGGGAAAACUUUGUGAAUGACAUGUAUGGUAUUUUGACUGGCUAUAGCAAUGAUUCUCUGUAUGAUGUGGAUAUUGCCACAGAUACUAACAAGCUUGAACUUGAAGAGUCAAAAGAGAUAUCGCUAGCUCCUGGAGAGACUGUCAAUCUCAACCUUCAAAGCUUUGAUGAACUUGAUAGUCAAACGUACAGUGUCCCAUUUGCUCAGCCUGUUGCACUAACAAAAUAUGGAAAUAUAGUUGGAAGUGAAAUUGAAUUGCCUUACAAAUAUUUCGUACUGGACCCUUUUGGAAAGUCAAAGGAUAUAGCUUUGUACUAUGAAAUCAAUCGAGAGAAUUACCCGCCAAACCAAAGCUUGUUGCACGAAAUACAGUUUUUCGAUACUCGCUCAUCAUUUGUCACCAUGGCAACCUUAAGACUCAAUCUUUCAAACUGUCGAGCUGGGUUCAAAUACAACGGAAAAAUAUGUGUAUGUGACAAUAACAAUAAAUUCAUAAAAAGUUGCCAGGGCACAAAAGUCUACCUGAAAAACGGCAUAUGGGCCACUGAUGACAAUGGGGACUUGAAGGGCCACUACUGCCCGGACAAUUAUUGCAAGUGCACAAAAGUGGAUUCCCAAGUGAGCUGUCAAUUUGAUUUUAAAAAUCCGGACACGCAAUGCGCUGAUGGCAGAGCUGGUCCUCUCUGUGGCAGUUGUCCCAAGUCCAGAUGCAUUUCUUUAUAUGACGGUAGCUGUAAGAAAUCUUCAAAAAGUAAUGUCGUAAAUGGGAAAGGAGGUUUUGCCUUUUUAGUCGUUUCUGUUGCAAUAGUUGCUGUAAUUGUUGUAUACCUAAACCCAUCUUUUUCAACAAGCUUGCGUGGGCCUGUCUUCUACAUUCAAAUGCUUCCGUACAUCUUUACUACCAACAGUGGAAAUUUGGGCUUCUUUGUGCGCGGUGCAGCCUCACUCAUUGCCCUUGGCGGAACUUCUGGUUUGCCCAUUCCAGGAUGCCUUGGCAGUGACUGGAACAGACUUGAAAUCAUUGCAUUGACGUAUAUUUUUGCCGCUACCAUCUUGAUUAUCCUUCUUUUCACGUAUAUCAUGAGUCGAUGUUACGUGUUGAAUUUCGUCAGGGACUCGCCGUUUGAAGCAUUCUGGAUUCUCCUAAUUGCAACGUAUUGCUUCUUCAGUGAAACAUCACUCAUUUUCUUCCGCUGUACAAAGAUUGGAGGGGAAAAUAGGUUUUUCUAUGACGGUACAGUGACCUGUUACGAGGGAUUGCACCUUGUUAUGACAAUAGUAGCCGUAGUGGUCCUUGUAUUUUUUGUGGUAUUGCCGCCUCUUGCGGUGCUCUUAAUAUGCUAUGGUGUCAUCAACAUCCCACUCCAAGUCAUUGAUGCCUUUACAAAGGGCCUGAGAGACGAGUACCGGUGGUGGUGGGCUGCUGAUCUGUGUCGCAGAUUUGCUUACAUAGCAGUUUUUGUUUUCAUAAAUUUAAAGGGAGUACGACAGGUUGCCUAUAUAAUCAUGUCCAACUUCAUUCUGGCCGUGCACUGUUUCUGCCAACCGUACAGAAGCAAUUGGGCAAACAUAAGCGAAGCGUUUAUUUUGCUCUCUAUGUCGAUGAUUGCGACAUUGCAACUGGCUGAUACAGAGGGUGAUGGGUAUCUAAUAGCAAGUGUCAUCGUCAUAUCAAAUUACGUAUACAUGAUAUCUAUCUUCUUGCAUAAACUGUUCUUCUUCGCCAGGGCACGGCUACGCAAGAGGUUCCCUUUUUUCUUUAAGCGAAUGAAAGACGAAACUGCCAUUCAAGCAUCGCGGAGGUCACAGACCCCAGAACGAGUAGAGGGCGAUUCUAGCUGACUUUGAAACCAGGGGCGGACACUUAUAUUGGGGGGGCAAGCCUAUUGUUUUAAUAAGAUGACGUCACAUUUCCCAUUGUUUUGGAACAAAAGACCAUUGCCCUCCAAAGUAUUGGGGGGCGGUCGCCCUCCCUCGCCCUCCCAAGUGUCCGCCACUGUUUGAAACCCGAGUCCACUUGGAUUGGUCCACUUUAAAAAAGAAAGUAAAAGAGAAAACUUGUAUUUAUUACAAGCGCGAACUGAGCUUAUAGAUUUAAAACUUUGAUUUGCGGUGAGGAAUUUUUAAGUUAAAGUUAAUUUGUUUUAGUUCCCCGAUACAUGAAACUUUGCCGAAAGUUUCCUGAAACGGGAAAUUCUAUUGUUAAGUUUGGUAUUUGCAUAUAUUAUUUAACUAAAGAAGAUAUUCAUCAACAGAAGUUAUUUCUGGGUUUAGGGUUUAUAGGAGGCAAUUUGACAGAUAAGAAAGGCAAUUUCUUUUGUGACUUGCAAUAGUGCUCAAUAAGUAAAACCUUUGUUUAAAUUGAUUUUCAGAUAACACAUUUGAAUUUAAAAAUCAUCUUCACGUACAAUAUAAUUAUAGUAUAACCAUCUUUUUAUAUAUAUAUGGUAAUUAUAUAUAUAUAUAUUUAUAUAGAUUAUUAUAUCAAUUAUGGUAAUACAAUAUUCUAUAUAUAUAUGUAUAUAUAGGCUUUAAGCCGAAACAGAAGAAACUAAAACUGCCUUGGCUACGGUGAGAUCUCCAGUGUUGGCUUCAGAGAUUCAUCGCUCAUUUCAUUGGGCCAUAUAUAUAGAUAUAU